AUGUUUAGUUUUAUGGAAGAUGCAGUAACAAAAGGCACAUUAAUCACCAAAACUUUAGUAAGAUAUUUCAUCAACUACAGUGUUGAAGAGGACAGAUUUUUCAACAUUGAUGCCAAUACUGGAAUCAUUAAAACUUCCAAGGUUCUUGACAGAGAAGAAACUCCAUGGUACAACAUCACAGUUGCUGCUUCAGAAAAUGACAAUCCUGGUUUGCUGAGCCAUGUCACAGUGGGUAUUAGAGUUCUGGAUGUCAAUGACAAUCCACCCGAACUUGCCAGGGAAUAUGAUAUUGUUGUCUGUGAAAAUUCUAAGCCUGGCCAGGUUAUUCAUACCAUCACUGCCACUGAUAAAGAUGAUUUUGCCAAUGGACCAAGGUUUAACUUCUUUCUUGAUGAACGCCUUCCAAUGAACCCAAACUUCACCCUUAAGGACAAUGAAGAUAACACAGCCAGCAUUCUGACAAGGCGGAGGAGAUUUAGUCGAACUAUUCAGGAUGUGUAUUAUCUGCCCAUUAUGAUCUCUGAUGGUGGAAUCCCCUCUCUCAGCAGCAGCAGCACCCUCACCAUCAGGGUUUGUGCAUGCGAGAGAGAUGGGCGCGUGCGGACCUGCCACGCAGAAGCCUUUCUGUCCUCCGCCGGUCUGAGCACUGGGGCCCUAAUCGCUAUUCUGCUCUGUGUUGUCAUCCUCCUGGCAAUUGUAGUACUUUUUAUCACCCUGAGGCGCAGUAAAAAAGAGCCACUGAUCAUCUCAGAAGAAGAUGUGCGAGAGAAUGUGGUCACCUACGACGAUGAAGGAGGUGGGGAGGAAGACACUGAGGCCUUUGAUAUCACAGCCUUGAGAAACCCUUCCGCUGCUGAGGAGCUCAAGUACAGGAGAGAUAUUCGACCGGAAGUGAAGCUCACUCCAAGACACCAGACACUAUCUGCCCUAGAAAGUAUAGAUGUCCAGGAGUUUAUUAAGCAAAGACUGGCAGAAGCAGACCUAGACCCCAGUGUCCCCCCAUAUGACUCUCUUCAGACUUACGCCUAUGAGGGUCAGAGGUCAGAAGCUGGGUCUAUCAGCUCACUGGAUUCAGCAACCACACAAUCAGAUCAGGAUUAUCACUAUCUUGGAGACUGGGGUCCCGAGUUUAAAAAGUUAGCUGAACUCUAUGGAGAAAUAGAAUCUGAAAGAACAACUUAGUGGCUGAUCCUUGGAAUCGUGUAGAUUUUACUUCCUGAGCAAGUGAAGAUGAACCUCAGCAAUGACAAGGAAGAUGCUUGCAAACUGUUCCUGAAACUGGACAAACUGUGCACAGCUCCUGUAGAAACAAGUGCCCUUUUUAUAAGCAAAACUGGGUUAUAUAAUUGGAAGAAAGUCAAAUAUUAAAAAACAGAGAAAAAGCUAUUAUUCCUUGUGUAUAUUUUCAAUUGAUCAAUAAAGUCUGUCGUACGUUUAAUUAAGAAUACCUGAAAUAAGCCAAACAAUGAA